UGUGUGUGUGUGUGUGUGUGACGUCAGGCUAAAACGUGUCCUUUGGGACAAACUUUAUGGAUUUCGCUGUAAAACACGGUCAAUAAGGAGAGAGGAGGGUGAGGAGGACAGACAGGAAGAGAGAAAGAGAGAUGAAGUCAUUUCCCAAGAAACGUACAAUGCAACAUUUCCCUCAGGUAACUGGGCUGAAACCAGUCACCAUCAGCACGUCACCAUCACCAUGUCACCAUCAGCACGUCACCAUCACCAUGUCACCAUCAGCACAUCACCAUCACCAUGUCACCAUCACCAUGUCACCAUCAGCACAUCACCAUCACCAUGUCACCAUCACCAUGUCACCAUCAGCACGUCACCAUCACCAUGUCACCAUCACCAUGUCACCAUCACCAUGUCACCAUCAGCACAUCACCAUCACCAUGUCACCAUCACCAUGUCACCAUCAGCACGUCACCAUCACCAUGUCACCAUCAGCACGUCACCAUCACCAUGUCACCAUCAGCACAUCACCAUCACCAUGUCACCAUCACCAUGUCACCAUCAGCACAUCACCAUCACCAUGUCACCAUCACCAUGUCACCAUCAGCACGUCACCAUCACCAUGUCACCAUCAGCACAUCACCAUCACCAUGUCACCAUCACCAUGUCACCAUCAUCACAUCACCAUCACCAUGUCACCAUCACCAUGUCACCAUCAGCACAUCACCAUCACCAUGUCACCAUCACCAUGUCACCAUCAGCACAUCACCAUCAGCACGUCACCAUCAGCACGUCACCAUCACCAUGUCACCAUCACCAUGUCACCAUCACCAUGUCACCAUCAUGACGGUCUCAAGGUUCAGUCAGUAAAAUAUAACCGCUCUGUUUUAAGAUGAUGAAGUCGUUGACUUUAACCUUCAG